AGGGCGUUUCACUAGCACGUUUAGGCGCGUUGGGCGGCGUCCGGGUAUAAAAGACUCCGCCCGAGCGGGCAGCCGCCAUUCUGGGGUUCGUUUAGAGGUUUGAAUUUUCUCGGAGAAAGACAGGCUGCCCGCGAGGAAAAAAGAAACAAGCCGCAGCAACAUCUAAGCCCUUGAAAGGAUCCUGAGAGAGGGGGGAAAGGGAAAACAGCAGCCACCAGCCCAACCACUUGUGUCUUCUGCCCCUUCCCAUCUAUCUUGCCCACCCCACCAGCCCACGCUGCUUGGGACUUGAAAUCUGUGGCCGAAGGACCGUCACCACAUAACUUCAAAAAUAAUCAACCACCCUCCCUUCCCAAACCCGCCCAAAUUCACUCAACCAGCGUUUACUUUUUUGAAUCCACUCAGAACUUUUUUUCUACGACCCCCCUCCCUAAAUGGAGUUGGGUGGGGGGGGAAAUGAAUACUGAGUUGGCCUUUAUUUUUUUAAGAGACUUUUUGAUCCAAUGAGGCCCCCAAAUAAUUGAGUUUUGGGUCCUGGUUGGUUGUUUUAUUUUUUUUCUCCAAAAUUUUAAUCCCCUUCCCCCUGAGCCCGAGGUGCUGACGUCGCAAAAAAAUUGGAUAAAACCUCGAUCAUGGGUUCGGGUCCCAUAGACCCCAAAGAGCUUCUCAAGGGCCUGGAUAGCUUCCUUACCCGAGAUGGGGAAGUCAAGAGUGUGGAUGGGAUUUCCAAGAUCUUCAGUCUGAUGAAGGAAGCACGAAAGAUGGUGAGUCGAUGCACUUACUUGAACAUUCUCCUGCAGACCCGUUCACCAGAAAUAUUGGUCAAGUUUAUUGACGUUGGUGGCUACAAGCUUCUUAACAAUUGGCUUACGUAUUCAAAGACAACCAACAACAUUCCCCUCUUGCAGCAAAUUCUAUUGACCCUGCAGCACCUACCGCUCACUGUGGACCAUCUCAAGCAGAACAACACAGCCAAACUGGUGAAGCAACUGAGCAAGUCAAGUGAGGAUGAAGAGCUCCGGAAAUUGGCCUCAGUCCUUGUCAGUGACUGGAUGGCUGUCAUCCGCUCCCAGAGCAGUACUCAGCCUGCUGAGAAAGAUAAGAAAAAACGUAAAGAAGAGGGAAAGAGUCGAACCACCCCUCCUGAGCGACCCUUGACUGAGGUGAAGGCUGAAACCCGGGCUGAGGAGGCCCCAGAGAAGAAGAAGGAGAAGCCCAAGUCUCUUCGAACCACAGCACCCAGUCAUGCCAAGUUCCGUUCCACCGGACUGGAGCUGGAGACCCCAUCUUUGGUGCCUGUGAAGAAGAAUGCCAGUGCAGUGGUGGUUUCUGACAAGUAUAACCUCAAACCCAUCCCGCUCAAGCGUCAGAGCUCCGCAGCUGCUCCAGGAGAUGCUGCCCCCACUGCAGAGAAGAAAUACAAGCCACUCAACACAACACCCAACGCCACCAAAGAGAUCAAAGUGAAGAUCAUCCCCCCACAGCCUAUGGAGGGCCUGGGCUUUCUGGAUGCGCUCAAUUCAGCCCCUGUUCCGGGGAUCAAAAUUAAGAAGAAGAAGAAGGUGCUGUCACCUACAGCUGCCAAGCCAAGCCCAUUUGAAGGGAAAACAAGCAUAGAACCAAGCACAGCCAAACCUUCUUCCCCAGAACCAGCACCUCCUUCUGAGGCCAUGGAUACAGACCGUCCAGGGACCCCAGUUCCCCCUGUUGAAGUCCCAGAGCUCAUGGAUACAGCCUCUUUGGAGCCGGGAGCUCUGGAUGCAAAGCCAGUGGAGAGUCCUGGAGAUCCUAGCCAGCUGACCCGGAAAGGCAGGAAGAGGAAAACUGUGACGUGGCCUGAGGAGGGCAAACUGAGAGAAUAUUUCUAUUUUGAACUGGAUGAAACUGAACGAGUCAAUGUGAAUAAGAUCAAAGACUUUGGCGAAGCAGCUAAGCGAGAGAUACUGUCAGACCGACAUGCAUUUGAGACAGCCCGGCGUCUGAGCCAUGACAACAUGGAGGAGAAGGUACCCUGGGUGUGCCCCCGGCCCCUGGUUCUGCCCUCACCUCUUGUCACCCCUGGAAGCAACAGCCAGGAGCGAUACAUCCAGGCUGAGCGGGAGAAAGGAAUCCUUCAGGAGCUCUUCCUGAAUAAGGAAAGUCCUCAUGAGCCUGAUCCUGAGCCCUAUGAACCUAUACCCCCGAAACUCAUCCCCCUAGAUGAGGAGUGUUCCAUGGAUGAGACCCCAUAUGUGGAGGCCCUGGAGCCUGGGGGGGCCGGAGGCUCACCUGACGGGGCAGGUGGCUCCAAGUUGCCUCCUGUUCUGGCGAAUCUUAUGGGAAGCAUGGGUGCUGGGAAGAGCCCCCAGGGUCCUGGAGGAGGAGGCAUCAAUGUCCAGGAGAUCCUCACCUCCAUCAUGGGUAGCCCAAAUAGUCAUCCCUCAGAGGAACUGCUGAAGCAACCAGACUAUUCAGAUAAGAUCAAGCAGAUGCUGGUGCCACACGGACUCUUAGGCCCUGGUCCAAUAGCCAAUGGUUUCCCACCGGGAGGUCCUGGGGGCCCCAAGGGCAUGCAGCACUUUCCUCCUGGGCCUGGGGGACCUAUGUCAGGUCCACAUGGAGGCCCUGGGGGCCCUGGUGGGCCAGUGGGUCCACGUCUCCUAGGUCCCCCACCCCCUCCCCGGGGGGGUGAUCCCUUCUGGGAUGGCCCGGGUGACCCCAUGAGGGGUGGCCCGAUGCGGGGGGGUCCAGGACCUGGUCCUGGACCAUACCAUAGAGGCCGUGGUGGCCGAGGAGGAAAUGAACCUCCUCCUCCUCCUCCAUUCCGAGGGGCCAGAGGAGGUCGCUCUGGAGGAGGACCCCCAAAUGGACGAGGGGGCCCUGGUGGGGGCAUGGUUGGAGGUGGUGGGCAUCGUCCCCAUGAAGGCCCUGGUGGAGGCAUGAGCAGCAGCAGUGGACAUCGUCCUCAUGAAGGCCCUGGCAGUGGCAUGGGUGGUGGACAUCGCCCCCACGAAGGCCCUGGCAGUAGCAUGGGUGGAGGUGGGGGACACCGUCCCCAUGAAGGCCCUGGCGGUGGUAUGGGCAGUGGCAGUGGCCAUCGUCCUCAUGAAGGCCCCGGCAGUGGCAUGGGUGGAGGCAGUGGACAUCGCCCCCAUGAAGGCCCUGGCGGAGGAAUGGGUGCUGGUGGUGGACAUCGCCCCCAUGAAGGUCCUGGCGGGAGCAUGGGUGGAAGUGGUGGACAUCGCCCCCAUGAAGGUCCUGGACAUGGGGGGCCCCACGGCCACCGGCCUCAUGAUGUCCCUGGUCACCGAGGCCACGACCAUCGAGGGCCACCCCCUCAUGAGCACCGCGGCCAUGAUGGCCCUGGCCAUGGAGGAGGGGGCCACCGAGGGCACGAUGGAGGCCAUAGCCAUGGAGGAGACAUGUCAAACCGCCCUGUUUGCCGACAUUUCAUGAUGAAGGGCAACUGCCGCUAUGAGAACAACUGUGCCUUCUACCACCCGGGUGUCAAUGGGCCCCCCCUGCCCUAGGGCCCACCUGCCUGCCCCGCCCACACACACAUCCCUGUGGACUGCAGCCUUGAUCCUUCCACCCUCUUAUGGCUUCUGUGAGGCCCAUUUUUCCCUUUCCCCAGCUGAUGAGGAGCCGGCCCCCUCAGUUCCCACCUGCUUGGGUUCCUGGGGGUUUUCUGAUCACUGGUGCGCAUUGAUGUACAUAUUUUCCUCCAGUCUGGGGAGGAGAGAGACUGGACACAUUCUGUACCUUGGACUGCUGAAGAGGAGACCCAUUUGGCUUCACUUUUUGAGGAGAUUUGCCCUGUAACUCCAAACCCCUUUCCAGUAUUACCCUUUAUGCCUGAGAACCUAAAGCUGGUUAUCCUGGAAAACACCUCUACUCUCCUAUCGUGGGUCUUCCACGUGCACACAGAACUGACAUGGGAUCAGCUGCACUUAUGAAAUCAUCCCAGCCAAGUUCAUUAUUCCUCCUGGGGUGGGGAGAUGGUAAAAGGGGUAUUAUAUAUCCCAUUGCACUGAGAGGGCUCAAUCAGGCUGGAUUUGAGUUCUGGAACACAUCAUUCCCCACUCCUCUCCCGACAGGCUUUACAUUCUGAGUCCUUUCUCAAGUAAGACUUUGCAACCUUCCGUGACCACCGAAGUCUGCAUCAUGGGUCUGCUAGGUUCGGUGAUGGCCAAUUUACAUCGGCAUCGAGUGGAAGUUUUAGCUGGCAUAGGUGAGGCCAGUGGUGUGGUCCACCCUUGCCUACAGCUCAUUCUGGAAACUGUAAAACACUUCAGUGAGACCAGCUUUUCAUCAACUUAAGCCCGGCAUGCUGGGCCCGACAGUCACACUACAUGCACUGCCUUUGGGAGCUAGCGCGCUCCUGGCCCCCACCCGGAACCGUGUUGGUGUGAGGCCUCCAGCUCCCUUCCUGUCAGCCACUUCUAAAUCCCCCCAGGUUCCUUCCUGGGUGGAUUCAACGUGACUUGCCCUUUCCCAGCCCUCUCCUUCACCUGUCUCGGCAUCAGUUGUUUUCUAUGAAAACAGUGGAUUGGUUGGGUUUUGUGCAGGGUCUUGGGUUAGAGCCACAAUGGAUUUGAGGAUGAGUAUUUUCUUUUUCUUUUGGUUUUGUAUAUUUUGUACAUUAAUAAUAAACAGUGGAAAGAGAAGCAGCUUAUUUAA